CGGGCGCCACUCUCUUUGUCUGACAAGAGAGUCUCGAAGCCUCCGCGGUCCUAGAGGGGCCGCUGGCAGGGACACUUCGCUCGGCGCGCGCAGGUGGAGCCAGUGAGAGGCUCUGAGGCUGCCGGAGUGGUUGUGUCCGUUGCUCGGGUAAGGGGUGAUUCGCUGAGGGGCGCGGACCCGACAGACCCAGGGUCGGGCCCAGGAACCCCGAGAGGAGAGCCUAGCCCCUGGUGGAGGCGGCGCGGCGGAGAUUCGGAGGCGUCAGCAGCUCAGCCUGACGCCCAGGAUCCCACCCCUUGCAAAAGACCAGGCCAUGGAAGCCAUGUUCCCACCAGCCAGGGGGAAGGAGCUGCUCUCGUUUGAGGAUGUGGCGAUGUACUUCACCAGAGAGGAGUGGGGCCACCUCAACUUGGGUCAGAAGGACCUCUACCGAGAUGUGAUGUUGGAGAACUACAGGAACAUGGUCUUGCUGGGAUUUCAGUUUCCCAAACCUGAGGUGAUCUGUCAGCUGGAGAACUGGGACGAGCAGUGGAUCCUGGAUCUACCGAGAGCUGGGAAUAGGAAGGCUUCCGGUAGUGCUUGCCCAGGUUCUGAAGCCAGACACAAGAUGAAAAAGCUAACUCCAAAACAGAAAUUAUCUGAAGAUUUAGAGUCAUAUAAGAUAUCAGUGGUAAUGCAGGAAUCAGCUGAGAAACUUUCAGAAAAGUUACAUAAGUGUAAAGAAUUUGUGGACAGUUGCAGGCUUACUUUCCCUACUAGUGGUGAUGAAUACAGCAGGGGCUUCCUUCAAAACCUUAACCUUAUUCAAGAUCAGAACGCACAAACAAGGUGGAAGCAGGGCAGAUAUGAUGAGGAUGGCAAACCCUUCAAUCAAAGAUCUUUGCUUUUGGGGCACGAGCAAAUUCUCACAAGAGCAAAGUCUUAUGAAUGCAGUGAAUGUGGAAAAGUCAUUAGGCGUAAGGCAUGGUUUGAUCAACAUCAAAGAAUUCACUUUUUAGAGAAUCCUUUUGAGUGUAAGGUCUGUGGGCAAGCCUUCAGACAGCGGUCAGCUCUUACGGUCCAUAAACAGUGUCACCUGCAAAACAAGCCAUACAGAUGUCAUGACUGUGGAAAGUGUUUUCGGCAGCUCGCGUAUCUUGUUGAACAUAAGAGGAUUCACACCAAAGAAAAACCCUAUAAAUGUAGCAAAUGUGAAAAAACGUUUAGUCAGAAUUCAACCCUUAUUCGACAUCAGGUGAUCCACAGUGGAGAAAAACGCCAUAAAUGCCUUGAGUGUGGAAAAGCCUUUGGCCGGCAUUCAACCCUUCUAUGUCAUCAACAGAUUCACAGUAAACCGAACACCCACAAAUGCAGUGAAUGUGGACAGUCCUUUGGUCGGAAUGUGGAUCUCAUUCAGCAUCAAAGAAUCCAUACAAAGGAGGAAUUCUUUCAAUGUGGAGAUUGUGGGAAAACGUUUAGUUUUAAGAGGAAUCUUUUUCGACAUCAGGUCAUUCACACUGGAAGCCAACCCUACCAAUGCAUCAUAUGUGGAAAAUCUUUCAAGUGGCACACAAGCUUUAUUAAGCACCAGGGAACUCACAAAGGACAGAUAUCUACGUGAUAUUAACUGGAAAGCAGUCAUUGGAGGACUAGAACUUACAAACCUCUACUUCAAGUGUGUAUCACGUGAUUGUUUCCAUGAAAAGCAAUAAAUGUAACAAAGGGUUUUUCUAUGGGA